AUGGAACCCCUUGCAGACGGAGGAGUUCAAGAAGACGACUCGAAACCAGUGAGUUUCAAGGACUUGGGAGUGAGUGAACAGUUGGCGGAAGCCUGUGAUAAUUUAGGGUGGAAAGAACCCACCAGGAUUCAAAUUGAGUCCAUCCCUCAUGCACUCGAUGGCAAGGACCUCAUCGCUCUUGCCGAAACCGGUUCGGGUAAAACCGGAGCUUUCGCCAUUCCCAUCCUGCAAUCCCUCUUUGAAAAACCUCAACCAUUUUUCGCGUGCAUUCUUUCUCCUACAAGGGAGCUUGCCAUUCAAAUUGCUGAACAGUUUGAAGCUUUGGGAUCAGGCAUUGGUGUCAAGUCUGCUGUGCUCGUUGGAGGCGUAAACCAGACUGAUCAGAGUAUUGCCCUUGCGAAGCGCCCCCAUAUUAUUGUAGCAACCCCCGGUCGUCUGGUGGAUCAUCUUUCCAAUACUAAAGGUUUUUCACUGCGCAUGUUGCAAUACUUGGUUUUGGAUGAGGCGGAUAGGUUGCUGAAUGAGGACUUUGAGAAAUCUCUUGAUGAGAUUUUGAAUGCAAUUCCUCGAGAUCGGAAGACGUAUUUGUUUUCUGCUACCAUGACUAAGAAGGUUAAGAAGCUCCAGAGAGCAUGCUUGAAGAAUCCGGUGAAGAUCGAAGCUGCAUCAAAGUAUUCUACUGUCAAAACGCUGAAGCAGCAAUUUUGCUUUGUUGCGGCAAAACAUAAGGAUUGCUUUCUUGUUUAUAUUCUGACUGAGAUGUCUGGAAGCACAUCAAUGGUCUUCACACGUACAUGCGAUGCAACCGGUCUUUUGUCACAGAUGCUUCGAAACCUUGGACUAAGAGCCAUCCCUAUCAGUGGUCAUAUGACCCAGGCUAAAAGACUUGGAGCCCUAAACAAAUUCAAGGCCGGAGAGUGUAAUAUUCUAGUUUGUACUGAUGUUGCAAGUAGAGGGCUUGACAUUCCAUCUGUAGAUAUGGUUAUUAAUUAUGAUAUCCCCUCAAACUCGAAGGACUAUAUACAUCGGGUAGGAAGAACAGCUCGUGCUGGGCGAUCCGGGGUUGCAAUUUCACUCGUGAACCAAUAUGAGCUGGAGUGGUAUCAGCAGAUAGAGAAGCUUAUUGAGAAGAAAUUACCAAAGUUCCCGCAUGUAGAAGAAGAAGUUUUGCUUCUAAUGGAGCGUGUCAAGGAGGCCAAAAGAAUUGCCCAAUUGAAACUUAAGGAGACCUCUGGGAAAAAUAAACGCAGGGGCAGAGGAGAUGAUGCUGAGGAUGAUGUAGACAGAUAUUUGGCCACGAAGGAUGGAAAAGCAAAGAAGCUGAAGAAGAGGGAAAAGAAUAUGAAGCUCACAUUUUUUAGGGUUGGGAACUAUGAAGAAUCGUUAAGCUUGGUUUCAGAAAUGCACAAAGGUGGUGUAAAGUUCAAUCAGUACACUUAUGGUAGUGCCUUGAGAGCAUGCACAUGUUUGUGGCGCUUGGACAAAGGAAAGCAGAUUCAUGGGCGGGCUCAGAAGGGCCGUUUUGUGGAGAAUUUGUUCGUCCAAAGUGCACUAGUAGAUUUGUAUUCCAAAUGUGGCAAAAUGGAGGAAGCUUCUUGUGUUUUCGGUUCCAUGAUGCACAGAGAUUUGGUGUCCUGGAAUGCGAUCAUUGGUGGAUUUGCUAUACAAGGAUUCCAAGAUGACGCUUUCUCCAAGUUUUGCCUAUUACUAAGAGAUGGUUUUCGACCUGAUUACUUCACUUUUGGAAGUCUUUUGAGAGCCUCAAUCACCGGCCUUCGACUUUCGGAGGUUGGCCUAAUACAUAAGUUUGUCAUUCAGUUGGGAUAUGAGUGUCAUAAGACAGUGACUGGAUCUUUAAUUGAUGCCUAUGUAAGGUGUGGAAGUUUAGAAAAGGCGACCCUGGUUUACGAAAAUAUGCACAAAAAGGACAUCAUAGCAUGCACUGCCUUGAUCACCGGAUAUGCCCGCGAGGAAGGUAAGCACUAUAUCCACGAAGCCCUGGGACUCUUCAAUGAAAUGCGUCAGAAUAAUGAAGUCAGAAUUGAUAACGUAAUGUUAUGUUCCCUACUCAGUAUGUGCGCCAAUGUAGCUUCAUUGAGAUUGGGGAAACAGAUCCAUUCUUGUGCAUUUAAGUAUCAAAUCCACUUAGAUGUGGCGAUCGGGAAUGCCCUGAUUGACAUGUAUUCUAAAUCAGGAAACAUCCCAGAUGCUCGACGGGUUUUUAGUGAAAUGGAGGAAAAGAAUAUCAUUACUUGGACAACAAUGAUUGCCGGUUUCGGCAUGAAUGGGUAUGGAAAGGAGGCCGUUUCCCUUUAUACCGAGAUGGAAGCAUCAAACUUGAACCCUAACGCUGUGACCUUGUUGUGCCUUCUAUCUGCAUGUAGCCAUAACAGUUUAACUGAAGAAGGAUUAAAAUGUUUCCAGAACUUGGUUACCAAAGGCCCUAACAUUUCUCUCACAGCUGAGCACUAUUCUUGUUUGGUGGACCUGUUAGCACGAGGAGGCCACGUAGAAGAAGCCUAUAAUUUGAUCUGCAACAAUGCAAGUAUUGCUUCCAAUGAUGCCUCUCUCUGGGGUGCAAUUCUCAGGGAAUGUAGCAUUUCUGGCAAUGUGUCCUUAGGAAAAGUAGCUGCCAAGCAUUUAGUGGGUAUUAAUCCCGAGAAUUCUGCAAACUACGUGGCCGUUGCAGGGAUGUACGCUGAUGCAGGCUUGUGGAAGAGUGCAAUGGAUGCUCGAAAAUCUAUAAAAGAGGGGAGUUUGUUAAAGACUCCUGGCUGCAGCCUCUACUGCGUGGUCCCUUUGCUCCUCGUUUCCAGACUUCAAUAUUUGGCUGAUUCCUUUUACAAGCACGCAGGCUGGUUGAAGUUUCACGGUAGCAUUCGCAUUCCUGCAACAACAGUUGAACGCUACAAAGAGGGACUACAAGUCUACUACGGCCAAAGUUUCAUAUCUUCAACACUGCUGCAAAUUAAGGGUUGCCAGAGGCCACGAACGAUAUGCCAAAUGUCAUGCUGUUCUUGCGACCAGUCCUUACCCAAGACAAUCCCUGGAGAGAUCCAAAUUGGCUAUGGAAGAAGCCCAAUUGCUAUCGAUCAGAGAGGCUAG